CUGUUCUCCGCGGAGCCCACUUGCCCCAUCGCAUACUUAGGGUCGGUGCCUUAGGCGUAAGCAGCUGCGCAGGCUGAUUCAGUUCGUGACAUUUCCUCCUCUUCAGCCCUCGCAUUCUCAAGCACUGUAAAGAUGUGGAGCUGACCUUCUCUGAUGUGACUGGCAAACCAGAGAUCUUCAAAGGCACCAAGAAAGGAAUGGUGUUUCUCACUCCUUACAGGGUUAUUUUUGUGUCCAAGAGCAAGGACCCAAUGAUGUCCUUCAUGAUGCCCUUCUACAAGGUGAAAGGAUGCUCCAUUGAACAGCCCGUAUUUUCCGCCAAUUAUAUCAAAGGAGUGAUAGAAGCAGAACCUGGAGGUGGCUGGGAAGGACAGGCUUCAUUUAAGAUGAGCUUCUUCAGUGGAGGUGCCAUAGAGUUUGGGCAACUGAUGUUCAAACUUGCUAGUGAUGCUUCUAGGGGAGUACCUGCCCAGAGCUUUGGCUAUGGCUAUGCACCUGUUCCUGGGGGCUAUGCCCCUCCGCCUUUUCCAGGAGGAUAUGCACCUGCACCAGGGGCCUAUGCCGCACCACCACCAGGACCAUAUGGUUAUAUGCCUGCACAAAUGAAUGGAUAUGGACCUGCUGCACAACCUAUGGGAUAUCCAUAUGCUCCUCCUCCAGGCAUGUAUCCAGCACCUCCUGGGAUGAACUCCAUGUACAUGGCGCCUCCUCCUCCAUACCCUGGCCCUUCUGCAGGACCUUCGGCCCCAUCUCAGGCAGGACCUUCAGCUCCUAGAACCUGGACAGAGCCAGGAAUGCCAGGUGGCAACAAAGCAACAGAGGCAACUUCCAGUGCAUAUUAUAACCCGGCUAAUCCUCACAAUGUCUACAUGCCUAUGGAUCAACCACCUCCUUAUUCACCACCUGAGGAGAAGAAGAAUAACUGAGCAGAGCCCAGGGCUGUCCUCCCAUGUUUUUGUCCUAGAAGAUUUUGCCAUUGCUGCCGCCUCCUCUUGGUUCUGUAUACUCUAGGUCAUCCUGUGUCACUAACCUGCACGAUGUUGGGUGACUCUUCAACACCCGCUGUUCUUGAAACUUUCCUCAUGGCAAUACAAAAGAGCAGUGACAGUAUUGCUUUCCUGAGUACUUGCUUUCUCUCCUGAGACCAGAAUAGAUCAGCCAUGACUAUUUUAGCCCUUGGUUUGACAGGAGAGGUGAAAUAUGCAUAAUGCAAAUGAAGCCACUUCACAUAAGUAGGAAUGAAAUACUGAAGCUCUUUGUAUGGAACAAAAACACUCGUAUAAUGACACACAGAUAGGAAUAUGACAGGAGUAUUCUGCUUCCAUGCAUCUCUGCUUGUGAGCAUCAGUGUGGCAUGUUACAACUGUGUUAACUCCAUGCAUUUUUUUAAAAAAAUUCCAUGCAGUUUAAUGCAUGAGAGGGAAUUCUAUAAAUAUGUGGAGGCUUAUCUUAUUUUCUAGGAAAGUAGCAGAGAGGACUUAUGGGAAAAUCUCCAGUGAUGUAUAAAAAGAUGGCCUGGGGAAGCAACCAAAGGGCUAACCGGUAGCUGUCUUUUUGAAUAUGUCGGUGCAUCUCCAACUUAUCAUGAUGAAACUGCAUCUGGCUCUGCAACAAACAUGUUCUCUACACUUUUGCAACCUAUCCCUUGCAAAAGGGAUGCCUGGUGGAAACUUACAAUCAUGUGAAAUAACAUGUAAUAGGUUUCUCUUCUGCUUUCUCUUUUGACUGUUGGAUCAGUCUCUCUAAAAGUGUAUCCUGUCUUUUGGUAUAGGGGAUAUUGAGAAGGUCUCACAUUCAAGAGAGGCCAGACUAUCCGUCUGCUCAUCUAAUUCCUAGUGCAGCUGAGAAACCUGGAAAGGAUCAAUUUAUCUGAACUGGAACCAAAGAUGUGGCUUUAUGAAAUUAGUAGUUUGGAGUUGAGGGGUGAAGCUAAGCAAAAAGUAUAGGGUACAGAAAUAAGAGCAACCCACCCGUCAAGCAUUCUGGAAACACAACCCAAGCAAGAAUGUCUUGGUCUCCUGGAAACCAGCCCAAUCCAGGUCCAGAAUGUCUUGGUACCCAGUAGCAGCAAGUGCAGCAGAGUCUAUUUAAUAGGAGAGUACUUUAUAGAAAAGAGCUAUUAUUCUAGCAAACUCCUGAGAUAGAUAGUGAAGCCAUUUCUCCUUGCUGAGCUAGGCACUAAUGUAACUAGAAAGGGCUAAAUGGUGAAUGAUGUGGGUGAGAGGGGAAGUAUUGAAACUCACUUUGAAAUAGAGAAAGGCAUGUCAGACUUGCUUUUGAACGAAGUUGGAAGAGAUGGCAGAUGAGUUAGGAAGGGCUAAAAGGAUGUUUGCCAGCAAGCAGCACACAAUAUUGUGGUUGCUUACAUAAGCUGUCUCUGGUUUAACUUUUAUUUUUCACAUGAUAAUCCCCCCUCUUAUCUGUUCCAAAGAGAACUCUUGCUCCACAUAUAAUGGAAAAUAUAACUUAAGUAAAGCCUAAUCUCUUAGGAUAUCUUUUCCUCUCCUCUAAAGGGGCUAUAUUUUGCAAGAACCACUCAUACUAGUUUGUAUUCAUGGAUCCCUUUCUGACCAUCUUCCCUUUAGUAACUGAGAAUAUUACUCAGUAUAGCAGGCAUAGGGUGAAAUUUUCUAAUAACCAUUUUAAUCUAAAUCCAAGAAGCUUAACCACUUUCCAUAACUUAAUAGUUUCCUCUGUAAUAUUUUUGGAUUGCACUUUAAUACAGAAGUAUUGAAAUCUU